AUGUCAUCACAAGAAGUUGAGAGUUCUGGACAGGCGACUCCAUGGAUUGGCUUCUUGGAAGUCGAUAACAAGGCCUUGAUCCAAAACUUGACCUCAACGGUCUUCUCUGUACAUCUGAGAAAUCUCUGUAUCGUCGAGGUAAUCAUCACUUUCGAGAAGAAAACAACAACACCAGAAGAAACGACAUUACCACCUCCGCCGCGACCGGCAGAAGUCAAGGCACUUCAAAAUCCUAGAGCCGCCACUCCGAUCUUGGAGCCCACUGAGAAGCAACAGCUUGGCGUAGACAUGCUCAAAGUAAAAGUGGAAGAAAAGAUACGACUCUCUGAAGAGUGGAAUGAAGAGUUGAUUUCAGGCAUCACGAAGCUCUUACGUGGACUGGGUGUUCAUCGGGAGCCCAUUCAUCCAGUAGCUCCCUGGUACAUUACGCCUCCGUACAUUAUGUCUGUGACUAGGACAAUGGUUUUACAGUCUCUGACUACAGUAGCGGCCAAACAGCUCGUGCUUAUAACAAAGGUCGAACAGCUCGUGUCUACAAUGACGGUUGAACAGCCUGUGUCUACAAUGACGGCCAAACACAAGGCAAAAAAUAGUGCUUGGUGGAAAUGUAGGCAAGGAGAAAAUUACUACUCGCCUCAGAAAUCUAGACAGCAUAUCGAAGCGUGGGAAGAAGAGAAGCAAUGGAAUAAUGAUGUACAAGAAAAAUACUUGGUUUGGACACGUGAGCCGGCAAGGCAAUCUUGGAACUUCUGUGCUUCCUCUUUAUCGCACCUCUCUGUCCACUGUACUCUGUAUCCUGAACACUAUAUAUCCAAUAACAUCGCAUCAACAAUGACCACCAAAACAUCAACCUCGUUCUUAACCCUCCCAUCCGAACUCCGUAUAGCGAUCUAUAAGUACACUUUCAGAGACGACGAUGUACUCGAUAUCUGGAAAGACCUCACAAGCGAUCAUCGGCGGAUUUCCACGGUCAUCUCCUUACUCCAAUCAUGUCGUCAAGUGCGUGCCGAACUACUCCCAACCAUCAUCCAUGACCUCAAACUCUGCAUCCGCAUCACCUCGCGAUGUACGGCCUACGAGGAGAUCAUAAUCAAGGAUCUCGGAGAUGGUUUCACGCCCUACGAAAGUUCUUCCCCUUGCAAAACGUACGAGGAGCCAAUAAUCACUUGGCCUAGCAAUAUCAACGAGCAGCAUAAAAGUCGCUUGAUACGAUGUUUCAAUUGCAUAACCUUCAGUGUCGUAUUCGGCAGUAGAAUCCUCCUCGAAGUCACCAUCCGGUUUCGUGGACUCGAGUCGAAGGUCAACGUACGCUUGGAUGCAGACCCCGACCGCUUUUGCGGACCUUUACCCUCCUUCAAUAGAGGCCUAAUCCCCUCCAGGCCCUGGCGCAUUCAUUCAUCAAAGAUGGAAAUAAGACAGUUAAACGGUCUCACCGUCAACAAGUUGCAAGCGAAUAUGGCGGAUAAAGUUAAGACGUUGACUGCGACAUGCUGCACACGAGAAUUCGUGGAGAGUGUUAUUGGAGACUUGAAGGGUGUCAAAUACCGUUCCCUCAAGCAAGAUAACGGUACAAUCAGGUGGUACAUUUCUACAUCGGGGCCUGGAUUGAACGAGGAAGAGAGAUCUCUGAUGACAGAGGAAUUGCGAAAUCUAGACAUGGCAAAGCAUGUAAUGUGGCAAAGAAGAACGGACCAAGAGAAAGACAAGAUGGCACAAAUAGCUAAAGACAAGAAGGGAAGGAGAGGGUUAGAGGCGGAUGAGACAGUAAGAAGCAAUGGUCUAAGAACACGUACAGAUGAUGAUGUCAAAAAGAAGAUGUGUAUUAAGAGUCUAUGUUUAUGA